CGAAACUGUCAAAGUCACCAAACAAAUUCAAAACGCAAUAGUCAAUACAGUAUCAAUAGAAAUGUGAACAAAAAUAGACACAAAAUGAGUGCAAUACUUAAAUUCAUCCGUGAAAAUCACAUACUCGCAGUCAUAGAACAGGCUAUCGCCAAGAAGAAAUCCCGUUUGAAUUUAAACGCCUUUGAAAUCACUGAAAUACCUACGCUCUUGUACUCAUGCCUGGAGCUCGAACAUCUUUAUUUACACUUGAACAACAUAAGAACAGUACCAGUCCAGAUAACUGAGCUGUUGAAUCUUACAACAUUGACAUUGGACUAUAACAACAUAACUUCAUUGCCAUCCGAGAUCGGUAACUUGAAGAAUCUCGUAAAUUUGAACAUAAGUUAUAACCCGUUGAAGGUGUUGAUACCAGAAAUCGGUGAAUUAGAGAAUCUGGAAGCGUUCUGGUGCAACAGAAUAGGUUUGCGGGAGAUACCAAAGGAGAUCGGCAAAUUGUCGAAGUUGGAUACAUUUGGUGCUAGGGGCAAUGAAUUAAAGACAAUACCUGAGGAGAUGACAAGAUUAACGAAACUAAGAUGGCUUACACUGGAGAAGAAUCAAAUAGAAACGCUACCAAAUAAUUUGGACAACAUGGAGGCGAUAGUGCACUGCAAUCUGCGCAAGAAUCGUCUGAAAGAGUUCCCGGCUUCGUUCCUCAAAUGCCCUGAUAUGAUGUUCCUGCAGCUGAACAAUAAUCAGAUAUCCAGCCUGCCGGAAAACUUCGAUACGAGCGUAAUGACAGUGUUGGAAAUGAUCGACCUGCGGGACAAUCCUAUCUGCGAAUUAAAUCAUCCAGAUCACCCGCUUAUCCGCUACGUAGACGAGCCUCCACCAACCGAAAGCUCACCAUCAAGCAGCCGCCAGCACGUGGGCCCGCUCGCGGCACAAGCGCUGGCUGUGAACGCGACCGCGCUCCGCCUGCCCGCUGUACCGGCGCCGAGACACCCGGAUUUGAUACUGGAGAUGGAAAUGGACGCAUCGUCCGUGGAAUCAUCAGAGGACUGGGAGAACAGCGUGAACAGUUCAGAACUAGAUGUUCAGUAUCAGAGCGACGAAGAGAGGGGUGAUAAUGAGAUUGCACAAUUUUUCCAGGCCGUCGGGAUGGUGUUGCCAGAGCUGUCGCGCUACGCGUCAACUGCCAGCUAAACUGACAGCUGUCACUUUUGACAUGUGUCAUUUUUGACAGCUGUCACAUUUGACAACCACUUGGCGGGAAAAGACGUAAUAUUAAGAAAAAGUGCGAAAAAAAUGUUAUAAAUGUUAUCCGAAUUAUGUAUGAAUGGAUUUAAAAUAAUUUAUUAUCAUUUUAUGUGUAGCAUGAUCUGUCUACUUAAUGCGUAAUAAAAAAAAAGAAAAAAUUAUUCCAUAUAUGUGUAAAUUGAAUGUUAUACUUGAUUACUAUUAUUAAACUCAAUGUGGUAGUAGUGGUACUUUUUAAUAUUUUAUUGUAUACCUUUCUAUUUUAUCGGUCAUUGGGUAAUAGAAAAUAUUAUGAUUUUAUUAAGGGCCGAUUUUUCAAUGCUCGGAUAAAACUU